GCGUGCAGUUGCCAACCAACUGGAGAAUGUAAGGCGUGGAAAACCUCCCACCGUCUCGGGGGUAUCAAGCAUACCUGGAUUGGGCAUUGAGGGUCUCGUGAACGGCUCCGUGGUUCAGCUCGGCCGACGUUCAUGGGUGACUCAGGGCGCGGCUUGUCCCCGCAUGCAAUCGGCUCUAUUGCAUGCCCAGCAAAGUGGAUGCUCAGUGGUAGCGGUGUCUGUUGACGGGACCCUCGUUGCCAUGUAUGGCCUCAAAGAUCUACUCCGCCCUGACGCAAAGCAGGCGGUUCACUUCUUGUUGUCUGUGGGGAUUGAAGUCCGCAUUCUCAGUGGGGAUCACAUUGAGAGCGUCGAACAAAUAGCUACAGCGAUAGGACUUGAUGCUUCGACCUGCGUUGACGGUUGCCCCCCAGCAGACAAACUGACGCGCCUGAAAGCCUUUCAACAGAGAGGACACCGUGUGGCAUUUGUGGGAGAUGGAUCCAAUGAUGCUCCUGCUUUAGCGCAAGCGAAUGUUGGUAUUGCCUUUGGCUCAGGAACAGACUUAGCGUUGAGCACCGCGGAUGUGAUCCUCCUCCAACCAAGAACGCUAGCAGUUCCUGACACGCUAAUCAUUCCCAAACGCGCCCGGCGUACCAUCAUAGCGAACUUCUCUUGGGCCUUUGUCUACAACGUGGUCGCAGUUCUGCUAGCCGCAGGUGCCUUCACUCCAUUGGGCGGAGAGCGCAUACCAUACCAGCGGCACUCGCUGGCCUAGGGGAGUCGGUCUGCAUCCUACCGGUUUUCGCGUUUUCCAUGUGUUUGAGAAGAGGGCGCUGGGCUACGAAAUAGUAACCCUUGCGAUGCGAGCUGGACGGUAGAAGCUGCACAGCUGCUGUGAUUGAUCGAUAUGAGUACGAAUCCUAUGCAUUUGCAGUGAACCACUCUACUGGCAGAUGAUGCGCGCUUUCUUGCUGUCGUUGGAU